AAAUGCUAUGGACCAGCGAAAUGAUCAGCAUUAUGUGUAAGUUAAAUACACUCAAUUGGCUGGAAAUCAAUGCGAAUGGUUUGAAGCUUGACCAACUUGAGUCACUGGUCCGACGAUUGUCAAAUUCAUCAACACUUCGUCUAAACCACACUGCUGCCACUUCGGGAAUCUACGAAGAUUUUACACGAACAGCUUCCAUCUGCAAACGCAUUCCCAAACUCACAAUUCAAACGAUUGAUCCCGAUUUUUCAGAGUUGAGCAACGAUUUACUUGCCCACAUCGCUGACGAAAUAAUGCUCGAAAUCAAAAUGGUUGUGCUCAAAGGGCAUAAAGAUGUGAUAGUUAUUGUGAAAGGAGAGGUACAGCGUAACAAGAUCAUCGUCUACAAGCAUGAUGCUACCGACGGUGACCAGCCAACAACCAAUUUUUCGGAUUUGAAUGACACUUGUUUGGCCAAAAUCAUCGAGUUCCUCAAGCCAAAACACCACUGCGUAUUGUAUGACACUUGCCAACGAACUCGCAAAGCAGUCGAAACCUUCUACAGCGAAAAUGUUUUUUGCGCCAGUCAUACUUCAAGAGGACUCGCUGAGAGCGUUUUGUGGUGUUUGGGAAAGCAGAUCCGGUCGAUGAAACUCAGCCAAUUCUGGUAUUUGGCACGAAACGAGUUCGAGGAACUGUGGCGACGCAUCAAUCUUGGAAUUGAUGGCAAUAUUCUGGACCAUGGUGAUAACUUUCGUCAUCUGACCGUGUUGAAAUUUGGCUACUACAAUGAAAGUGUCAAGAAAUUCCUGUUGGCCUUAGAUGACAAAUUAUGCGAACAAAUGCAAGAGCUAUCGAUUGGGUCACAGCCAUUUAUGGCUAAAUCAUAUGAUGAAAACGAUUAUCUUCAUGUCGAACCGAGCCAGGUUGUCGUUGAGCUCGUAAGCAUUGUUUCACGUUUUCGGAAGCUGACUACGUUGCAGUUAAUUGUUGCUGAUGUCGAUAAGUGCAACACAAAGUAUUUGUUCGAAAAUUGCACAAACCUGGUGGAUUUUGGUGUUUGGUGCAAAGGUGAAGUUCUGUUUGAACUGUUCGAUCACAUCAUGGACAAUUGUUUGCACAUUGGUAUCAUUCGAUUGUUUGGCCAUGGAAUCUACCGAAGUCUUUUACAAAAAGUCCGCAAAAUGUUUUCAAACGUGUCAGUCUUGGCGGUUGUUCAAGAUAAUGUAGCGUUCAAUGCUACUGACGUACAAGUACAGGUUACACCCUUCUUUGAAUAAAGAUUUGGUAAUGAACACACCGGGACCCGAUUAUUAAAAAAGUAGUUAGUUCAAGAGAUAACCCUUUUUGCUUGUUAG